AUGAGGGAGAUGUUGGUGGUAUUUCUGGCGAUUUUCGCCUUGGCUGAAGCUCAAUUCAAAUGCAAAAACAUGGAUGGAAAAGAUGUUGACUGGUUCGCAGCGAUAAAGCUACCAGCAAACAUUGACGUUUGGAAUGGACGAGGUUUUGUUUAUUUCGACUCAACCUACAAACAGUUUGUCUUGAGUGAGAAUCCCCUGAACAGUACCAAAUCCGCUAUCGGUGCAACACUCAGUCAGCUAUACAGUAGCGACCCUAAGACGACAGCCAAAAUUGCAUAUAAUGAUGACUGCCCCGGAAAAGAGGUAGACAGUGGUCGUGGCCACAGCAAAGGUGUUGCAGUAUUCGGUCUUUCUGGAGGAUUCUGGCUUAUACACAGCGUGCCCAACUUCCCUCCACCAGCAAAAUAUGAUUAUCCGGAAACCGGUACCAAGUAUGCACAGUCCUUCCUCUGCCUAACCCUUGGUAUCGAUAAUCUUGAAGAUAUCAGUCAGUACAUGAGAUGGUCCCAAGUGACACCAUUCAUAACGAAUAUGCCAGAUCACUUCAAAUUGCUAGCACCGCACUUUGAAGACGUGAUCAACAAGAAAUCCCUUGGUCGAUCAGACACAAAAUUCACCCUAUCGCUCAACUUCGAAACUGUUAUGCAUAAGAAAGUCAAUGCAUUUGCAAAGCAUAAGAAGUUUGGGGCAGACCUUUGGCAUGACUUCAUUGCACCCUCCCUUGGUACAUCUAUGGCAGUGGAAACGUGGAGAAAUGGUGCUGCGAAGGAUGUUUACGACGUCACAUCGGUGAACCUGUUCGGACUCACAUAUGCCAGUUCCAAGGAUCAUUCUAAGUGGGGUGUGUCUAUGGAGGAAUCUACACCAACUGUAUGCAUUGGAGACGUGAACAGACAGGAAUCUCAAUUCAAACGAGGAGGCGGUGCUGUCUGUAUCCGAGAUCAAGAUUUGUGGAAGGCAUUUAAGAAGGCAGUAGGCUCCUUCAACGAUUGUGGUGUUGUUCCAGAAAAGAAAUCAUCAAAAUCUAAAGAUGCCAAAAAAGCAGACAAGAAAGCUGGAACGACCGGGGAAAAGCCCGAGAAAAAGACCAAAAAACCAAAAGAAGGAUCGGCAAAACCGGAGCCCAAGAAAAAGCAGAUCAAAGAAAAAAAUUAA